AUGUAAAGAUUUGACUGCUCUUCGACACACCAAUGCGUGAUUCAUAACAAAACUUUCUUGGUUCAUUGCCUUCUCUUCAUGUCGUGUGAAACGUCGUUGAACCAGCUUUCUGUGGAGACCCGUGCAAAACUACGUUCUACACAACUUCUUACUUCCUUACCACAGGUAGUUUCAGAGCUGUUGCAGAACUCCUUAGACGCUGGAGCAUCUCAGGUGGAUAUUGGCAUAGACUGCGAAGAAUGGAGCUGUUGGGUGCGAGAUAAUGGUGCUGGAAUUAGCAAAGCGGGAUUGACUACGAUUGGCAGGGGGUCGGAGGAAGGAAGAUACAAUACAUCCAAAGCAUACACUCCAGCAUCCCUAGAUUUCGUUUCGACAUUUGGCUUUCGCGGAGAAGCUCUCUCAUCAAUGGCUGAGUUAUGCUGUUUGGAAAUCUCGUCACGUACAUCUCAGUCUCGAGAAAGUUGGUCCGUCAUCCUCAAGGGUGGGAAGUCUUUGUACUCAGGUCCAUCGAUUCGGUGGCGAAGAGAAACUGCAGGGAGUGUCGUAUGCGUCAGGGACGCAUUCUUUAGCCUUCCUAUUCGUCGUCAAUCUCAUCCCUCUACAGCUAAGACAAUAGAUGCAAUUAAACAAGAGCUUGAGGCAUACGCUCUCAUGUUUCCUAAUGUGUCAUUCACUCUUCAAGAUGAUAGCAAAUCAAGAGAAAAUGCUUCGAGCAAAGGUCACGUCCUCCGGGUUCCAAAGACCCGUUCAAUCUUGGCUGCAUAUCGACACAUGUAUGGUCGCGCACUGACCGAGCAUGUGGAAGAGGUUGAUGCUACAUCUGGAAAUUUGAAAGCGGAGGGAUUCAUAUCCCUUGUUGGGGCACGUUCAAAGGCUCAUCAGUAUCUGUACAUAAACAAACAUCCGAUAUCAUUCUGCGAUCUUCAUCGCCUAAUCGAUAAUAAAUUCUCGAAUAGUACGUUCGCAAAGCAUGCGUAUGAUGAAGGAGGAGAAACGAAUCUGCGAUCAUCGGUCCGCCGUUCGCCCCGCAAAGGCGAGAAGAAACCUAUCUAUGUUCUAAAUUUGGUCAUACCAACGCAAUUCAUUGAUAACUGCCUGGAACCAGCAAAAUCCGCAGUUCAGAUCGAGCAUAAGAGCGUUGUGACAACAUUCCUCUCUUCUGUGAUAGAUUCCUUUCUAAAUCGACAUGGUUUCACAUCUGGCAAACGUGGCGCUGAAGAAGGCUGUAGUUCCCCGCCCAAGAAGCGCAAAGUCUCGUUGGUUCCAAAUAGCGCGGCCCAAAAAAAGGACUCUCAGCCGCCAGCCAGUAGGAAGGCAGGGCCGAAAGAAGCACGGACGGUGUUCAUUCACCCUGAAAAUCCGCAAGAGACGGUUUGGGAAGAUCCUGCCACGGGUGAAAUGUUCAUCGUGAAUGCUCGUACUGGAAAUUCAUAUUUGCAAAAUUCGUGCCACCCGAUUGACGGAACGAACACGGCUAGCCCGAACCGUGUUUCCCGAAUUCCACGUCUUUUGAAGAAAACUCAGAAUCCUAUACAAAGUGCAUGUUCCGGCCCUGCUCCUGAUAAAAUGCCCGAUUGGCUGCAAGAAGCUCUCGCUGCGAAUAAUGCAUAUGCUACUACGGAGCCAAAGAUUCCAUCGUUGUCGCUCUUUGCUAAUCAAGCUUCCGACGAUCAGGGUUCUGCUAUUAUUCACUCUAAUCAUCCUUUGUGCUGCGCCUCCGCUUUUGGGACACCAUAUGUCCAGUCAGAAUCAUCAAGCUCCGAGCACGCACGGAUAAGAUUUCACAAAGGAGACCUAUUGAAGGCACGGGUUAUCAACCAGGUCGACCGCAAGUUCAUCGCCUGUUUAGUCGAUUUGGAUCAUUCCACGCAUCAGGAACAUGGGAAACCCCCAAACAAUCUUGCAGCGGAUGGCUCAACUCUGAUCCUGAUUGAUCAACACGCUGCGGAUGAACGAGUCCGGGUCGAACGCUUUCUAUCGGAAAUUUGCUCCGGCUUCCUACGGCAUUGCGAGGGAACCGGGGGUGUCGAAGUUUCAGAACUGUCUCCUGGUGUGCCUAUUUUACUCACGCGUCACGAAGCUUCGCGCUUGGCGACUAUCGAAGAAGUACAAUCGGCAUUCGACCGGUGGGGUGUACGAUUUGAGGGAUUGGCUAAGUUAACCUCGUUGGAAUCGGAAUGCGCAAGAGAUGAAGUUAGUGACGGGUAUGUACAAGUCUUCGUCAGAGCAAUACCUGCGAUUGUGAGCGACAAGUUACUCAUGAACGAUGAGUUGCAAGACCUUGUUAAAGGCUACUUGGGAUUUCUCGAAAGCGAGAGGGUGUCUCCUCCUAACCUAUCGCAGCAAAAAGACGCCGAUAACAUCAAGGACGACGAGUCGCAGUGGCUCAAGGCUCUUCGCUGGUGUCCACAGGAACUUCUGGAUUUGAUCAACUCAAAAGCUUGUCGUGGCGCGGUCAUGUUCAACGAUCCACUGUCACUGGAACAGUGUGAACGCCUUGUGAGAAAUCUUGCUGGGACUGCAUUUCCCUUUCAAUGCGCCCACGGAAGACCUUCCCUCGUUCCCUUGGCUCAUGUAAGUGUCACGAGUGGCGGGCGAUCCGCACCAGCAUUGGAUUGGACAAGGCUAAGAUUACUCACAUCGGGCUAAACUAUCGUUAUUGUGUUCACCUUGGAGACCUUUAUUGAGAGCUGCGUAGUCGGUAUCUUUGAACGCCUUUGUUACAUACAAAUAUUGACGAUCUCGUUCAAUUGUCCUUGUGCGCUGGCACGUGAUGCGUCGAUGGUCGCGUGACAUUGAAGUGCCAAUAUUAAACAAUAAUAAAC